CUACAUAGCAUUUAAAUUGAGUACAUAGCAUAGCCUAAUUCCUUCAUUAGUCGGCUGUCUUGCGAAAUGGUUUUAAGAAACUCUCAAAGACACACUGCUGGCAAAAGAACAUCUGCGAAAGUUCCAGAUGAAGUUCAAGGACAAAUCAUCAAAAGAAGUAAUGGAAGGUUAAAUAAGAAUUUAAUGAGCGUUGCUUGCCGUAAGAAUCCUGGUUUCGGGCAAGUAUUUUACGAAAGUGCUAGAAUGUGUCUCUUUUGGUCAAACGACACCAAGACAUUUGCAGAUGCCAAAGCAGAUUGUGAAGCUAAAGGAGCGCGACUUGGAGUCUUCCAAGGUGCUGACAAAAUGGCGCUUCUGACAAGUCAGUUGAAGACUUGGUCAAGCGACAUUUGGAUAGGACUAGAUGAUAUACAAAAUGAGGGCACCUUUGUGUGGCAUGAUGGAACAGUCCUUGACAAGAAGGACUAUUACCCACUUUAUUUUGAUAAAGUUAACCCGGAUGACUUUGAAAACAACCAAGAUUGUGUCCAAUUUUGGCAGGCUGGUGGAAAACUGGACGACGAUUCCUGUUCUAAGUCUAAGAAUUAUGUCUGCGAAAAGUAAUUAAAUGAGCUGAUGAAGAUUUAAAUAUUAAAAAAAAUGAUUGAAAUAAAAAAAUAAAUGUUAUUCUUUUUUUUUUUUUAUUGAAAAUGUUCAUCACCUUGCUUACGAGUAACAGAAGUAAAAUGGAAAUAUAUAA